GGGGGAAGAAGGGAAAAAAAAAAGCGUGAACGCGCCGCGGAGUCUGCGCAUUUCGCUUCAGUCCGAACUUUCGGGAGAAGCGCCGAGGAAGGAGGGGAGAGCAACGCCAUCUUUUCCUGAUCUGGUCCCGUGCAGCGACCCGGGUGUCUUCGGUCCGGCCCGGCUGGCUGAUCAGGUCUGGUUGAGUCCCGGAGGCCGCUGAGAUCGGACCCGGCGCUGAGAUCGGACCCUCGGCCAGACUGAGCUGAGAGGAGGACGGGGGCGGAGCCAUGGCGACCAUGUGGCGCGAGGAGGAUGAAGAGUUCAAGGUGGAGUCCCUGAAACCCGGGUUCAGGCCCAAACCCCGGUUCUCCUACAACGAGGUGAAGCUGCUGCUGGAGGCCGUGAAGAGGAACCGAUACAUCCUGCUCAAGAAGUUCAACCAGGGCGUGUCGGCAGAGACCAAGAAACAGACCUGGGCUGAAAUCACAGACCAGAUCAACGGACUGGGGGAGAAUCACCGGCAGGUGAGGCAGAUCAUGAAGAAGUGGGCCGACCUGAAGUGCGACGGGAAGCGGCGCAUCGCGGCGCUGCGGGGGCCGAACGGAACCAACCUGAAGAAGAAGAAGCUGGGCAACGUGGAGAAGAUGGUGCACCGGAUCCUGAUGAUGAGUCCCCAAGGAGACGGCGACAGCGACCUGGACCUGGACCAGGACUUCGCCCGGCCGUACAGGAAGGGCCCGACGCCGACGUCCAACCCGUACUCCUACCUCAGCAUGAUGGACGGCUCGCAGCCGGCGCCGGGGGGCCGCUUCGAGGUGUCGCCCACCUCCUCGCCCGAAAAGGAGCACGGCGAGCCGCUCCACUCCUCCUCCGACUUCGACCAGGCCGACGACGGAGAACCCUCCAUGGACUUCGACGAGGGCGACUCCAUGUUCUCCUUCCCGCCGGGGCUGGGCCCGCGCAGCUCCAGCGCUCUGGACCCGCUCCUGGACGACAUCCUGCCGCGGCCCAGGCCCGUCUUCACGUACUCCCGGAGCGGGCCGACCCCGACCCCGACCCAGACCUCCACCCCGACCCCGACCCAGAACCACAAGCCCCCCGCCGGCCCGUCCUCCUCCCUGAGCUUCCCCUUCCUCUCCGACUCGGACGCCGCCGCUCCUCCCGACCCGGGCUCGUCCUCGUCCUCGUCCUCCGCCCCGGCCCCGGCCGUGGCCAACGGUACCGGCUCCCAGCGAGAGCCCAAGCCCAAGCCCGGCCCGGUGGCAGCCCCCGCCCCGGUCCCCGUCCCCCCCGGGCCCCUGGGCGUGGCCCAGCUGGCCGCCCAGAGCCUGCAGCAGCAGCGGGCCGGCCGGAUGCUGCUCACCUCCGUGUCCCGGUCCCUGGAGGUUCUGGCCCAGUCCAUCCAGCUGCUGGUGGAGAGUCAGCAGGAGUUUGUGCAGGAGUCGCUGCUGCUGCAGAGAGAGACCGUGGAGAUCCUGAGAGACUUCUCCAACACCGCCCUCAGCAUGCUGCGGGACAAGAAAGAUAGAUAGAUACGAGCCGGAGGGAGGGAAGAAAGAAAGAAAGAAAGAAAGAAAGAAAGAAAGAAAGAAAGAAAGAAAGAAAGAAAGAAAGAAAGAAAGAAAGAAAGAAAGAAAGAAAGAAAGAAAGAAAGAAAGAAAGAAAGAAAGAAAGAAAGAAGCGAGACCGUGGAGAUCCUCCGCGGUCCGUGUAUUUCGCGGCCAUCCGUUUUUUGUUUUGAAAUUACAAAAUAAAAAUAGAGAAAUAAUCCAAAAUAAUCCGUUCCCCAUCUUUUGUUUUGAUAAUAAAAAACGGAAAACGGAUCGUUAUCCAUUAUCCGUUAUCCGAUUUCAUUGAUGUGUUUGAAAAUCGAAAUUGGGAAUUAAAACAGCGAGUGGAAAACUCUUUUCUCUAUUUCCUAUUCGUUUCCAAGGAUACUGAAAACAAGGAUUGGACAAAUGGGGGGAUUGAACAUGCGCAGUAAUAAAUGAAGAAAGUUGUUUCUGGUUCUUUUGUUCAUCAGAUUGAAAAUUAACAGUUUUAGAUUUUUUUAAUGUUGAAACAGAAAAUAAAUCAAAUAUGAAACCUGUGAGUGAAACAUGAGUUUAAUCUGUAAUCUGUCUUCACUCCGUCAUGAAACUGCAGUGAUGUUGUGACAGUCCGUUCAGCCGUUGGAAACGAAUAGGAAAUAGAGAAAAGAGUUUCCACUCGCUGUUUUAAUUCCCAAUUUUGAUUUUCAAACACAUCAAUGAAAUCGGAUAAUGGAUAACGAUACGUUUUCCGUUUUUUAUUAUCAAAACAAAAGCUGCGAAACGGAUGAUUUUUGAUUAUAUCUCUAUUUUUAUUUUGUAAUUUCAAAACAAAAAAAACGGAUGGCCGCGAAGUACACGGACCCUGCGCGACUUCUCCAACACGGUGCUCAGCAUGCUGCGGGACAAGAAAGAAAGAUAGAUAGAUAUGAGAAAGAAAGAAAGAAAGAAGUAUAAAUUCUGUGGGCGGCGCAGCAGCAACCGCGGUUCUGAGGCCACGGCCUCGUCCUGGGCCCGUCUGGUUCCUCCGGACUUCAGAACCUCCUGCUCUCCUCGGGGUCCAGAUCCUCUUAGUGUUUAACUCCUUCAGCAGACAGAACCUACAUGUGUGUGUGAGUGAAUGUUGUGGUUAUUUAUUGAUCCGUCUGGAGGAAACCGGAGUCUCAUCUUUCCCCCCCCGAGGUCCAAACGGGCUUCUCACCCGAGGAAACGAACUACAGCAGCAGAACUACUGAACAAACAUGGGGGCGGCGGCGGCCCGUUAAAGCCUCGUCAGAUCCAAAGUCAAGAGUCGCGUCUACUUUAGCGUCGGUUAGUGAACUUUUCUGAUUUUUUUUUUCUUUUUUUUCUUCCCAUCAAGCAAGUAGUUUUUUGGGGGAGGAGCUAUGAAACCGGGUCAUGACGAGUCCGGGUCCUGUUAAAGCCUCAUCAGAAGUCCAAACUUAAAGGGGACCUAUUAUGGCAUCAAAUACCUACAGGACUGUCUCAGAAAAUUUGAAUAUUGUGAUUUUCUGUAAUGCAAUUACAAAAAAAAAAAAAGUCAUCCAUUCUGGAUUCAUUACAAAUCAACUGAAAUAUUGCAAGCCUUUUAUUAUUUUAAUAUUGCUGAUCAUGGCUUACAGUUUAAGAAAACUCAUUGAUUUGUAAUGAAUCCAGAAUGUAUGACAUUUUUUUAAUUGCAUUACAGAAAAUAAAGGACUUUAUCACAAUAUUCUAAUUUUCUGAGACAGUCCUGUAUGUUAAAGCAAGAAAAAACAGUUUUUCAUAAUAGGUCCCCUUUAACAUCUACUUUACCGUCGGUCAGUGAAAUUUUCUGAUUUCUUCCCAUCAGGCAACUUGUUUUUGGGGGGCGGGGCUAUAAACCUGGGGGCGGGGUCGACGGUUUAUAUGUUUUAUACUUCAAUAAGUCGUCUGUUCUGGAACGUGAGAAAUGACUGAAUUAAGGAUCCAGAGCGACCCGGAGCUCCAGGACGAACGUUUUAACCCUUAAAGUCUCAGAACCCGAACCUUUUAUUGUUGGACUGGUUCCCGGGUGGACGAGUCCGGAUCAGCUCUCAUUUACAUGUACAUACAUGUACGUACACAAAUGCACCACUAGGGGGAGCUCCGACUGCAGUCGGAGGAACAAACCUCCUCCUCUGUUCCUCACCGGUACCAGAACCUCGGAGAACCAACUCUGUCUUGUUCCGACUCCCGGACUCUUCUACUCUGAGGAGCGGAAGUCUCCAGUUCUCACAAAUACUUACAAACUCACAAAUAAAAACUUCAAUUUUUCCAUUGAUGAGUCAGUUUCUCCUCAAAUGUAAUGAUUGUUUCUUUGCUGGAGUUUUGUUUUUGCAGCGUUUCUGACUGUCACCCUCAAGGUCGCCUUCAAGGUCACGCCAGAUCCAUAUCUCAAAUAAAAAUCAAGCUUACUCAUUUAGUUAUUAAUUGUUGACUGUUUUUCUAAUUUUCAGACUUGUGGAAACGGGGAAAGAACUAAUUGUUGUAGUUUUGACUAAAGAUGGCGAACCCAUCUGGUCCCAGAAUAAGACAUAUUAAGUUCACGGUUUUAAACACU